GUAGUUAGCAAAGCUAACACUAGCGAGCUAUCGUCGCUUCAUCCAACCAUAGACUGUGCUUCCAACACGAAAUGCUCAGUUGAUGGCUGAAGACUUGAACAGAAAAGGCUCUAACCUCACCCAGUGAAACUACAGGCUGUUGUGAUGUCAGAGCCUAAGCCCCCUACUCCAACCCCUGGAGACACAUACAAGGGUUGGCUUUUCAAAUGGACCAACUACAUAAAAGGUUACCAGAGACGCUGGUUUGUUCUUAGCAAUGGACUAUUGUCAUAUUACAGGACCCAGGCAGAGAUGGGUCACACAUGCCGAGGCACCAUCAACUUGGCCACAGCCAAUAUUGCUGUGGAGGACUCGUGCAAUUUUGUCAUUUCGAAUGGUGGCGCGCAGACCUACCACCUGAAGGCCAGCUCAGAAGUAGAGCGCCAGCGGUGGAUCACUGCGCUGGAGCUUGCUAAGGCAAAGGCCGUCCAUAUGCAGGCCGAAUCUGAUGACUCAGGUGACGAUUGCCCCGCAGUGCCCCCCACUGCAGGACAGGGUGGAAGCUGCCGUAACUCAGAAGUCCAGUCCACACUACGAACACUGAGCAGCAAGGUGGAGGACCUCACCACCUGCAAUGAUCUCAUUGUCAAGCAUGGGUCUGCCCUCCAGAGGUCUUUGUCAGAACUGGAGGGGAUUCGUGUUGGAGGGGACAUGGGAGAAAAGAUCAGACAAGUUACAGAGAGAGCCACACUGUUCAGAAUCACCUCUAAUGCCAUGAUAAAUGCUUGUAGAGACUUCCUCUCCCUGGCCCAGAACCACAGUAAGCGCUGGCAGAAGGCCUUACAGACUGAAAGAGACCAGAGGAUACGGCUGGAGGAGACUCUAGAGCAGCUGGCUAAACAGCACAACCACUUGGAAAGAGCUUUCAGAGGAGCUACAGUUCUCCCCCCUUCAUUCAGCAAUCCCGCCUUAGGCAACAAAGGUGGCGUUUCGGGAAAAGGUGACGCCAGUGACGAAGAUGAUGACAAUGAGUUCUUUGAUGCUAUGGAAGACCCAGCAGAGUUUAUUACUGUCCCCGCUGACCCCAAGUAUCACAGGAGAUCUGGCAGUAAUGUUAGUGGGUUCAGCAGUGAGACUGGAAUUGACGAUCAGUCGGUAAAUUUUGAUGAACUGUCCUUGGCAUCCAAUCCAGAGUCUCCCCAGCCAUUGGAGCUUGAGCCAGUUAGACAAAGACGAACUCGUAUCCCUGACAAACCCAACUAUUACCUCAAUCUGUGGAGCAUCAUGAAGAAUUGUAUUGGAAAGGAGCUCUCAAAGAUACCAAUGCCUGUGAAUUUCAAUGAGCCCCUCUCGAUGCUGCAACGUCUAUCAGAAGACCUGGAGUACUACGAGCUGCUGGAUAAGGCUGCUAAAUGUCAGAGUUCUCUAGAGCAGAUGUGUUACGUUGCUGCUUUCACAGUCUCUUCCUACUCCACUACUGUCCACCGCACAGGAAAACCCUUCAAUCCUCUGCUGGGAGAAACUUUUGAGCUUGAUCGACUCAGAGAGUGCGGCUACCGCUCCCUGUGUGAACAGGUGAGUCACCAUCCACCUGCUGCAGCUCACCAUGCUCUCUCUGAAAAGGGUUGGAGCCUCAGACAGGAAAUUACACUGGCCAGCAAGUUUAGAGGAAAAUACCUCUCUAUCAUGCCCCUGGGUUCUAUCCAGUGUAUAUUUGAUAAGAGCAACAAUCACUACUCUUGGAAAAAAGUUACUACAACAGUACACAACAUUAUUGUGGGGAAAUUAUGGAUCGAUCAGUCAGGGGAGAUAGAUGUGGUGAACCACAGGACAGGAGAUCGCUGCCAUCUCAAGUUUGCUCCCUACAGUUACUUCUCUAGAGAUGUACCAAGAAAGGUAACGGGAGUAGUAACGGAUAAGGAUGGAAAGGCCCAUUAUGUGCUGUCGGGAACAUGGGAUGAGAAGAUGGAGUUUUCCCGGGUCAUGCAGAGCAGUAAAGGCGAGAAUGGCACUGAAGGCAAACAGAGGACUGUCUAUCAGACCCUCAAAGCCAAAGAAAUCUGGAGAAAAAACCCUUUACCAGAGGGAGCAGAGAACAUGUACUUCUUCUCCUCACUGGCCUUGACUCUCAAUGAAGCUGAAGAGGGAGUGGCACCGACAGACAGCCGAAGACGCCCCGACCAGCGACUAAUGGAGGAUGGCCGUUGGGACGAGGCUAACGCGGAGAAACAGAGGCUGGAAGAAAAACAGCGCACGGCCCGUCGAGAAAGGGAGAGGGAAGCUGUUAAAGCAGCCAGCUCACCUGAGGAAGGCACCCAUCCAGACAACUACCAGGCACUGUGGUUUGAGAAGAUAGAUGACCCUGCAUCUGGAGAGACCUUGCAUGUCUACAAAGGGGGUUACUGGGAGGCGAAGGAUCAAGGCAGCUGGGACAUGUGCCCCGACAUCUUCUGAUCACAGCUGAAUCAGCUAGUUUCCCUCCGUGGUGUACAAAUGAGAAGAUGGUAAGAGGUGAACUACCUUCCAUCAGUUGAAGUGGGGAAAUCAAGCCUGAUAUCAACCUAUCUUCAAUGUCCGUAGCUUCAACUGAUCACACAACCCCCCCACCCCCCUUCAGCUCCCCUAUUCCAGCAGAGAUUUGCUCAGGAUCGAGGGCAUGUGGAUUCCACACUCAAUAUAGAUACAGUGACAUUAUGCAUUGUAGUAACAUUGCAUCUGGUUAGUGUUCAGAAAACCCUUAUCACUGCCUCUCAAACACUUUGUUUAUCUUGGACUUGGUCUGCUGCUUGUUUUCAGUCCGGGGGCCUGUGGUACAGCCUUUGACUGGCAUUUAGCAACAGGUGAUUCUGGUCGUUUUUCGGAAGCACUAAUUCAUCCACAUGAAGUCUUACACUAUAUAAGGUUUGCUUAGACAGAGCAAGCCACUACCUGACAAGAAAUUUAUGUUAGUUGUGCAUUGCUUAUUAUUUUUGCACUGCAUUUAUUGCAGCUUUCCCAACAGCACCACAAGUUGAAUCUUACCCAAAGUUUUCAAUAGUUCACACAGUAAAUAUUUACUACACCAGUUUGAGACCACAUCAAAUGCAUAGAUGGAAACAAAAGUGAGCUAUGUAAAACAAUUAUAUUUAUUAUUUCAACAAUUACUCUAAAUAAUUACAGAUACAGAGUUAGCCUUUGAAUUUAUGAUGAAUUGUGGUGCUACUUUAUUCACUGAGGUGAAACACAAGUCUAGAGGUAUACUAUAUCAACGUAUUAGCCUUUUUUUCAUUUUUGCACUCAACUAGACUCAAAAUGUGUGUUGGUUCUUUUCCCCCUGAUAACUCAUACAUGGCAGUGAUGAAGAAGGUGCAGUUCCUUAUGAUUAUGCCACUCUUAUUGUGAUUUGGCCUGAUGAAGUCUGGUUUGGUUAUCUUAAGAAUCCCUAAUUGUGAGUCUUAAAUGGCUGCAUACUUCAUCCCAUAUAGGAGUCUUUUUUACUUUUUUCACUCUUGAAGAACAACAUUACCAUUUUCUGUUCUUUUUCCUUUUUUUUUGAGGAAGAAUAAUGGCAUUUCUGUAUGUAGCACAUUGGUUUUAUUAUUUCACGUUAGCAUAUUGAAUUCCACAUAAACUGAAGUAGUGGAACCAAAAAAAUCUGUAUUGGUCCCAUGAAAAUAUGAAAAAUAUGAAAACCCUGUCAUUUUGUGUUUCUUUUAACAAAUCAGUUGUUGACCAUCUCAUUGAAAGCAAGAGCGUGGUCAUAUUGUCUGAAAAAGUGUAUUAGAUUGACUCGUAUCUAUAUGUUUAAGAUAAGUCUGUUAGGACAUGUGCCCUACAUGAAUUUCAGACUUGUAUUUUCAUACCUAAAGUUUGUUCUCUUGCUAUCACUGUCAUCAACCAUUUCAAUUCUGCUCCCAAAGUAGAUGAAGAUGUUGAGGCUCACAAUUAUAACAGUUGUGAUUUAAAUACAGAGCAGCAGGGCUGUGCUCCAAACUGGAUUGCUACUGGCUUGGUGAUUAGUGAAGUGUUUUUGUCUUCCUGAUAUCCUUCAAACUUAUUCACCAUAGCUUUAAUCUUGAACUAGGAUAUUUUAGUCUUUGUGUGUUUUGACUGUAGAUUUUUAACAGACAGCAAUAAGAGUGCCUCAGUGCAUAUACACGUGGCACUGAAUGAAAUAUGAGGACAAUUCUGUCUUUGUAUUCGUCUCUAUUGUUUGUCGCUUGAGUGGAAGGACUGUAUGGUUGAUCUAAUCUAAAUUUCAUUUUAUAUUCAAGUGUACUUAAAGGAGGACACUUAAAAUGAAGAUCACAAAACAUAAUGUUGCAAAUAUUUCUGUGUAAAUAUAUUAAAUAGUAAUUGUGAUAUUAACUGGUUAUGUUGAUAGAGAAUCAAAAGGCAGUGAUGCACUUUUAAUAUUUUUUUUCUUUGUCAUUUUUAUUUACUCAGAUCAGUCUGAGCUCAGUGUACCCAGUUAUCAUAUGUCACCAUUUUCCACCUAAGAUAGCUUUAUAUUUUAAAUUAUAUUAAUUUGUUUUUGACCUAAACUAUUUCAUCCUACUUUCAACUUUUGCUUUAUACAUCAUUUAAAUAGAUAUCUUGAUACUACAUUACAUCUCUUUAAUUACAGAAUCAGUCUACAGAUUUCUUUCUGUUCUGUCUUUUUUAAUACAAUAUAAUAUUGAUUUUUAACCAUUGGUCCUUAUUAUGUAGCCAGAUCGUUACAUCCAUUUUUAACUUUUUUUCUUAAGUUUCUACCUUUUUUUCAUUCAAUUCCACUGCUUCUUGCUCCGAUUUUGUUUUCCCUGCACAAAAAGACUGAAGGUGUUAUUUGCACUUUAGUACAGUACAUCAGUGAUUUAAUUUUCUCUACUUGAUUUGACUGAUAAAGACUCAACUUUAAUGUCUGCUACUGAAGACUUUGUCACUUUGUGAGUUUGUUUUGAAAACAUUUCCUAAACCAUGUUCAGUAAUUGCAAACAAAUGUACAUAAGUGAAAAUAUACAUAUGUAUUGACUUGCAGUCUGAGCACACGUUUCACCUUUUCUGUCCAUUAAUUCAGAUUUUUAGCAGGAUUGUUUUAGAGGUUGACAAUAUUAAAGUGUAUGGAGAUGAAGUACA